GAUCGGUGGCUCAGGAAUUGACAUCAGGAGCAAGGCUCGGACUCUCAAGGGUCCCAUUGGGCCAGAUGACGUGGCGAAGCUUCCCAAGUGGAACUUCGAUGGCUCCAGCACUGGUCAGGCACCCGGCGACGACAGCGAGGUCAUUCUCUACCCGCAAGCGAUUUUCAAGGACCCGUUCCGUGGAGGCAACAACAUUCUGGUCAUCUGCGACUGCUACACGCCGCAGGGCCAGCCAAUUCCCACGAACAAGCGCUCCUUCGCCGCCUCCAUCUUCGACAAAGUCAAGGAGCACGAGGCCUGGUUCGGCCUGGAGCAAGAGUACACGCUGAUGCAGAAGGACGUGAAGUGGCCGCUCGGGUGGCCCACAGGCGGCUACCCCGCGCCUCAGGGGCCGUAUUACUGCGGCACGGGUGCAGACAAGGCGUGGGGGCGCGACAUCGUGGACGCGCACUACAAGGCGUGUCUUUACGCGGGGGUUAAGAUCAGCGGCAUCAACGCGGAGGUCAUGCCCGGCCAGUGGGAGUUCCAAGUGGGCCGUGCACGGGAAUCGAGGCGGGUGAUCACCUCUGGAUGGGACGCUACCUUCUUGAGCACCAAGGCCAUGCGCGAGGAGGGCGGGUACGACGUCAUCCUGAAGGCCAUUGAGAAGCUGGGCCUGCGGCACAAGGAGCACAUCGCCGCCUAUGGCGAGGGCAACGAGAGGCGCCUCACUGGCAAGCACGAGACUGCUGACGUCAACACCUUCUCAUGGGGUGUGGCGAACCGUGGGUGCUCGGUGCGAGUGGGGCGGGACACGGAGGCUGAGAAGAAGGGGUACUUUGAGGAUCGCCGGCCGGCCAGCAACAUGGACCCCUAUGUGGUCACCGCCAAGAUCGCCGAGACCACCAUCCUCUGGGACCCCAAGGGUGAGACUGGCGUUGCCCUGCAAUAA